UGAUCGCUGCAGAGCGGGACGGAGCAGUGCGGGGUUCAGAGCGGAGGAGGCACCGACAAGUGUCCGCUUAUUGCUUCACCUGGGAUCUGUAUAGUACCGGAGGAGAACUGUCACUUACCGCGGGGAUGAAGUCACCUAAGGUGAAGAGCUCCCGGAGAGCUACCUUUAUUGAAGAUGAUGAUCUCAAUGAAGUGCUGUGUGAAUUUGAUGCCGUCUUAGAAGACUUUUCCUCACCUUUCAACAAGAGACGUUUCCGAUAUGAUGAACAUCUGCAGACGAUGAAGAGGAGGAGUAGUGCCAGCAUCAGCGACAGUGGAAUCAGCGACUCAGAAAGUGCAGAUUCACUCUGUAGAAACAGUUUUAGUUUCAGUGAUGAAAAGCUAAAUUCUCCAACACUGUCUUCUCCAACCCUCUCCUCUCCAGCAGAGACUCCACGAAAAGCUAAACUUGGGGAUACAAAAGAACUGGAAGAUUUCAUUGCAGAUCUUGACAGAACACUUGCAAGCAUGUGACGCACUGUAUGACUGGUCAUACCAUGUGAUGUCUGUAAUGACACCGGACACUGUCGGUCCCCAUGAAGUAGCGUUACAUAUAGCACAGUAUCUACAUACUGCUGUCACUCCAGCAUAUGAACCUGCUGCAUGGCUGUAGAACUGAGAUUUGUUUUUAAUACUUUAAGAUACAGUUGACUGUACAUUUACCUACACAUUGCUUUAUUGUAAUUUAAAAUGCUUUUAUGAUAAAAUAAUUUGUAAUGUUAUAGUUGAGACAAAUGGAAUGAAGCUUUUUCUCAUAUAAUAUAUUUUUGUAUACAAAUAAA